GAUAUUGAUUGCAAAUUCAAUUCCGAAACCAUCGAUGAUAAUCGUCUGUAUGAAUAUCAUUUUUGCACGAAUGUUGUCAAUAGGGAGGUCAGUUCAGAUCAUGUGCUCAUGUGGUAUGUACGAAAACCGACUUUGCAGGAAGAAAUGGCUGGACUAAAUUGGCCCUCUACUUGUAGCACUGAGGCCUUUUUCCAUAUCCGGCAUAAAUAUAGUUAUUUGAGUGAGUAUGGAAAUGAGUUUGACGAGAUUAAGAAGUUUGGGGUUCGGUUUCUAUACAAACAAGACAUCGAGAGAUUAGAUGCAAAAACUGAAUGAAAGAAUAAGAGACGCUUCAAUGAAUGUUGUGAAUCAAAUUGAAGUGAAGCUGUUGAUUCUCUUGAGGAAGAAGACGAUGAUGAAGCACAUUCUAAGAAACUCAACGUUAUGGGACUGUUUAUAAGUUAAUGUGAAGAUUAUCAAGCCAGUUAACUGUUAUUUGAAGUUGUUGGCUAUGACCUAUGAGGAAGAAGAAAAUCCUUGGACUAAUUCGAAAACAAUCAAGCAUAAUUUUGAUCGCUUAGCAAUCUCUCCUGAAGAAAAGCAUGAGAUUCAGAAAAGUUCGAUGUGUUUCUGAGUUUCAGAAGUGAAGACAACCGCAAUCAAUUUGCUAGCUAUCUUUAUGCUGCUUUAUCUGCAAAGCAUAUCUCAACUUUCAUGGAUGAUCAUCAACUUGAGAGAGGCGAUGAAAUUUCUUCCACACUCCAACAAACAAUCGAGGAAUCUAAGAUUUGGGUAAUAAUAUUCUCAGAAAAACUUUGCUUCAUCCGCAUGGUGUUUGAAUGAUCUUGUGCAUAUUCUUGAAUGCAAGAAAAGAAAUGAGAUGGGUACUUUUAUGCCAAUCUUUUAUCGUAUAGAACCAUGUGUUGUGCGAAAACAAGAGGGCGGUUAUGGUGUUGCAUUGGCUACACUUGAAGAACGUUUCGAGAACAAGGACGGAAUGGAAAAGGUAAGAAAAUGGAGGGCUGCUUUAAUAGAAGCAUCAAAUCUAUGUGGCUUGUAUUCAGAGCAUUUCAGUGCCGAGGUCAAGUUAGUUCAAAGGAUUGUUGAAGAUAUUUCAUGGAAAUUGCCAAAAUAUCUCUCAAAUGAGCAUUGUCAUGAGCACGUCAUUGGAAUUGGAGACAAAGUUAAAGAAAUUGAAUCAUUAUUAUCCGUUGACACAGCAGAUGAAAGAAUUGUAGGUAUUUGGGGCAUGGGAGAAAAUUUGAUGGUGAAACCAGUUAGUUUGAAGUUGUUGGUGAAGUUGUUGCCUCCAACCACUCUGAGGAGGAAGAAAAUCCCAAGACUAAUCCAAAGAAAUAUCACUCAAACAUAUAUAUUCUGUGAUUGCUUAGGCUCAGGCUAUGAGGAAACUAUGUGAGCUAUGCAGCAUGCAUGACAACCCGUAGCUUCGAAUGAAUGAUGUGGUAUUCUCUCUUUCUCUUGUCUUUUUCCUGAUCUUGGUAUGGGAAUACCCUGUUUGGGUCAUAUCAAAGAUUCGCUGUGCUUAUUAAUAUCAUCAGCAUCAACAAACACCCAUGAAUGACAUGUGGGUCAACUUGGAGCUGUUUUCUCUUCUAAUUUUGUUCCUUCAAGAGGUUUUCAUCAAAUGUCAUUCUACAUGAGCAGUACUGUUAUUGAGUUAAUACAUUAACAGUACUGUAACAUGAAGCUAAACGUUGGGAGCCUUAGAUUUUUCUUCCUUAAAUAUGCACAGCUUUUCACUUUGACUGCUUUUGUUAAUGAUUGUGAAGUUACUGGAUUUUUAUAUUUAGUGAGCAAGCUUUAUGGGUUAAUAGUCAAGCUUUUGUUAUGUGUCAAAUUAGAAGUUUAAUAUACUCCAUAGCACUGGCAGUAGUGGUGCAGUGUUUAAGACUAUGUAUCCCUGAAGAAGUUAAGCUGUAUUUAUUCCAAUAUCUAUUUUUUA